CUCCGACGAUUCUUGAUGUGCUGUCUACAUCGCAAGUCCUUCAUUCGUGACUGGAGGAAUGAGUGAAUUACAUUUCUUCAGAUUGAAAUCUGCAGCCUAUCAGAUCGCAUCGUCACGUCCAACAUCCCCUCACAAUUCAUCCCUGCUCCUCGUUGGUCCUUUCCUUGCUGGUCCCUUCUUCCUCGUUGAUCGGUCCGAACGAGUCGUUGAUCCCUUGCAACGUGCACCAUCCAGCAUUUCGCGGAUUGGUCCUAGCCAGGCCGUGCUUUCCCCUCAAUGGCGACUUCCGUUCACGCAGCACUUGCGACUCGCGCUAAUGGCUGAAAAGCAUCCCAUCUCAGCCCGAGAAAACUGGUAAAACAAAAUAUACGCGCAAUCCAAGGCGAUCGUGAUAGCUCGGUAUAUUCGUUUACAGCCACCCCGUCAUUCCAGCAACGCUAUCACCGUUCCAGCAAACCGGAUCCGACCGUCCGUAUCACCGAUCCAGCGGACGGUGACUGUAUGACUGUCCUUAUCGCCGUCCGUGCGUCGCACGCUGACUCUGCUCGGUCCCAGCCUUUCGACGCGCGAUAUUUCGAGCCGUUUCAGCCUCUCGUCUUCCUGCUCCCCUCCCCCCUUAUCCUUCUCGCACUCGCCGAUUUGACUGAUAAGUCGUGCUUCUUUUUCCACGGAAGCCAUUUUCAUAUAUCCCUUCAUCAGGGCCUGAGAUCUAACGCUGAGAAGUCUUGCGUUUCUGCCUCGCCGCUACUUCCGUUUCAGUCCACUGCCAUGGCUGCCGCGUGUCCCAGCUUGACAUCGAGUUCUACCCACCAUACGGCGCCGGCCACCACCACCACCAAUCUGAAGUGAUAGUAGAGCCGUCUACGCCUGUUAUUUCAGCUUCGUCUACUCCUGUUAUAGCAACAUCGUCUGCACCUGAGGCGACGACCCAGCGGCAGAACACCAGUGGUCGAGUGAGGGGUCCGAACACACCUGUACCCACGUCAGCAGCCACGCCAGCAGCCAAGUCAGCGGCCUUCUUACCUCGGAGUCCCAGUGACAGCGGUCGAGUGAGGGAUCCGAACCGGCGGCUGAUGAUGUGGAACCGAGCGACACGGGGAGGAGGCUCGGUAGCCGCUGCCACAGCAGGCACUGCAGCGACUUCCUCACCUCCAAGCCCCAGCGGAGGACCCAGUGGGAGUCCCAUUGAGAGUCCCAGUGGGAGUCUCAACGGUGGUCCCAGUGGGAAUCCCAGUGGGAGUCUCAGUGGGAGUCCCUGGGACAGUGGUCGAGUGAGGGAUCCGAACCGGCGUCUCAUGAUGUGGAACCGAGCAACAAGGGCAGGAGGAGACGCCACGGCAGCAUCAGGAGCAGCAGGAGCAGGAGCAGCGGGGACCUACCACAGUCCCACUAUGAGCAGAAGCAGCAGCAGCGGAAGCUAUAGAAUCGGUGGUGUGGCAACCACCUUACCCCCGGCAGUUUCUGCCAUUGGCAACGUUUCCUACGACGAAGACUGUUACUACUGCCAAGCAGUCCCCACUGCUACUACUGGGACGAAUAAUGGCGUGGCUACUAUCGCCUGGAUCACGCGAUGCUUCUGCCGCAGGACGUCUCAACUGGCCGCUGCAACGAUGGCAGGGGAAAGCAAGAAUGUUGGCGGCACUGCUACUUCUACUGCCAGCACCACCCGAGAAUGUGUGUCAGCAGCAGCAGCUCAGGGGUCCAGCUCAGGGGCGCAUUUUGAUUGCCUUCAUGUGACUCAAGAAUGCAUGACUCAGGAAGGCGUGAUUCAAGAAGGCGUGACUCAAGAGGGCGUGAUUCAAGAAGGUGUGUCUCAAGAGGGCGUGACUCGAGAGGGUGUGUGUAAAGAGGGCGUGACUCACAAUGCACCCACUAGGGGUUGCUCCUUCGGCCCCUUCCAAGUGGCCCAAAGCUACACCCAAGAAUGUAACAACAGCACCCGAGACAGCACCUAUGGCAGCAGCGACAACAACUCAACGUCUGCCCUGAACGCAAGCACAAGUGUGGGAGAGAAUACGAAUGCAAAUCCCACCACCGUUCCCAUGCAAAUGCUUGCCGGGUUCCAGGAGAGUAAUCCACAUGUUCAGCUUCAGAGGUAUCAGCCUGCUGGUGCAGCAGAGACGUGUGUGUGUGUGUCCCCUGCUAUCCGUCCUCAUCCUCCAGCUCCCUUCCCACGAUCCAUGUCCGAGAGCGUCCCACGACAUGCCUCCUUUGAGUGUGCAGCUUGCUCCGCUGAUAUCACCCGCACCGUCUCCUCCUCAGCAUCCACCUGUUCAGGGCGCUUCUUAUCCCCCUCUUCAGGCUCCCUGUCAGCCCCGUCUUCUGCCUCCACUCCUGUUGCAUCCCUUUCCGCCUCCUCGUCAGCCUCCUCCUUCGGGUCCUUUUCUGCCUGCGCUAUCGGGCCAGCCUCUCCCACCCUUGGGCGGCUAGAGGAGGGAGCUGAGGCGGGCGUGUUUGCUUGGGCGGCGCGUCAGCGGAUUGCAGCGCAUGCAAAGCAGCAGUCGGUGCUUUCACUGCAAUCAGACAUAGCCUCACACAUGUUCGUGAGGAGGCAAACCGUGCUUGCGGCGAAGGGAGGGCUGGUGGAAGGAUUGUCGACCUCCUGAAAACGGCAGGGAAUCAGAGAUACUGUAUACCUCUUUACAAGUACCACAUGCCCCGGGGCUAGGUACCAGUCAAUAGGUACAACCUUUCUAG